AAACCAUUACCAGAAUGUUCAAACUCUUUCCUUAUAUAACAGUGUUUUUCCUUAGAGAACUUUCAUGGCCAAGUGCCACUGAACUUGAAGCAUAAGUUUUCUUCAAGUUCAGGUUCUUUUUUUUAUUUUUGUUGUUCUAAAGAUAAUUGAGAUAUAUAGAAGAAGAGAUUGGAAAAAAAGUAGUAGAGUUUUGAUGGAGCGAACUGCAAGCAAUUUUGUUUCAAGCUUGCGCCGGAGUGGCUCUGCGUGGGGAAGCCGCACAGCCACGGAGAUAUUUUCCCGGUCUUCAAGGGAGGAAGAUGAUGAAGAAGCUCUGAAAUGGGCUGCACUUGAGAAACUGCCAACUUAUGAUCGGUUGAGGAAAGGUGUGCUCACCGGACUCACUGGUGAGACUGCCGAGAUUGAUAUUGCUAACCUUGGAUUUCAGGAAAGAAAAACUUUGAUUGAGAGGCUUGUUAGAGUUGCUGAAGAAGACAAUGAGAAGUUCUUGAUGAAGCUCAAGAACAGACUUGACCGUGUUGGUAUUGAAAAUCCAACGAUUGAAGUGCGGUUCGAGAACCUUGAGAUCAAGGCAGAAGUUUUUGUGGGCAGCAAUGCUGUUCCAACAGUCAUAAAUUUCUUUGUUAACAAGAUCGAGGCAAUCUUGAACUCUCUUCAUGUUCUUCCAACUAGAAAGAAAAAGAUAACCAUACUUGAUAACAUUAGUGGUAUCGUCAAACCAGGAAGGAUUGCAUUGCUUUUAGGCCCUCCAGGGUCAGGGAAAACAAGCUUACUGCUUGCUCUGGCUGGCAAGCUUGAUCAGAGUCUUAAAGCAUCAGGAAGAGUGACUUAUAAUGGACAUGGGAUGGAUGAGUUUGUCCCACAGAGAACCUCUGCUUAUAUAAGUCAGCAUGACUUGCAUAUUGGAGAGAUGACUGUUAGAGAAACCUUGGCCUUCUCUGCAAGAUGCCAAGGUGUCGGAACUCGUUAUGACAUGUUGAGUGAGCUAGCAAGGAGAGAAAAGGCUGCAGGUAUUAAACCAGAUGCUGAUAUUGAUGUCUACAUGAAGGCUUCUUCACUGGAAGGACAAGAGAGUGUGGUUACUGACUACAUUCUGAAGAUAUUAGGAUUAGACAUAUGUGCUGAUACUAUGGUAGGCGAUGCAAUGUUGAGAGGAAUUUCAGGGGGGCAAAAGAAGAGAGUCACAACAGGGGAGAUGCUUGUUGGUCCUGCGAGGGCUCUGUUUAUGGAUGAGAUAUCGACUGGUCUUGACAGCUCGACAACAUACCAGAUAGUAAAUUGUCUAAGGCAAACCAUUCAUAUCCUCGGCGGCACUGCAUUGAUAGCUCUACUUCAGCCUGCUCCUGAGACUUAUGAUCUCUUUGAUGACAUUUUCCUUAUUUCUGAAGGCCAGAUUGUUUAUCAAGGUCCUCGUGAACAUGUCCUCGAAUUCUUCGAAUACAUGGGGUUUAAAUGUCCUGAGAGAAAAGGUGUUGCAGACUUCCUCCAAGAGGUGACAUCCAAGAAGGAUCAGAGGCAAUACUGGAAUAAGAGUAACGAGCCUUAUCGAUUCAUUACAGUUAAAGAAUUCGCCAAUGCCUUCCACUCCUUCCAUGUUGGUCGUCGUUUGGAAUAUGAACUUAGUGUCCCCUUUGACAAGAGCAAGAACCACCCGGCCGCUUUGACAAAAUCAAGAUACGGUAUCAGCAAGAAAGAGUUACUCAAGGCCUGCUUUGAAAGAGAGUUUCUGCUGAUGAAAAGAAACUCAUUUGUGUACAUCUUCAAACUCUUCCAGCUUUUUGUGCUCGCGCUCAUCUCAAUGACUGUCUUCUUUCGAACAAAGAUGCACCAUGAUACAGCAGAUGAUGGGUCGAUUUACAUGGGUGCACUCUUCGUCGGCCUACUUACUCACUUGUUCAACGGCUUUGCUGAGCUUGCUAUGAGCAUUGCGAAGCUCCCCGUGUUCUACAAACAGAGAGACCUCCUCUUCUUUCCUGCAUGGGCAUAUUCUCUCCCUGCAUGGAUCCUUAAGAUUCCUAUUUCAUUCCUCGAAUGCGGUCUCUGGGUUGGUGUCACUUACUAUGUCAUCGGCUUCGAUCCAAAUGUAGAGAGGAUGCUCAGACAAUUUCUGAUUUACUCACUAGUGAGUCAGAUGGCCUCUGGGCUUUUCAGGUUUCUUGCUGCAGUUGGCAGAGAAAGGGUGGUGGCCAACACAUUCGGUUCUUUUGGGCAGUUGGUGCUCAUUGUUCUUGGUGGCUUUGUUCUUGCACGAAAUGAUAUUAAGAAAUGGUGGAUUUGGGGUUACUGGGCAUCACCCUUGAUGUAUGCUCAGAAUUCAGUAGCAGUGAAUGAAUUUCUCGGCCAUAGUUGGAAAAAGGUGAAUGUCACAACAAAUGGAGUUUCGCAAUAUCUCGGAGUGAAAGUGUUGGAGAAUCGUGGUAUAUUCCCACAAGCAAAAUGGUUUUGGAUUGGAAUUGCUGGAUUAAUUGGAUAUGUUCUUGUUUUCAAUGCUCUAUGUACUCUCGCUCUUGAUUUCCUUGACCCACUUGGAAAAGGCACUGCAAUGGCUGAAGAUGACAAGCCUGAUGAUGGGGAAGGAGAAGGCUCAGAAUUAGCGAGCAGAGAAAACCAAGAGGCUGAAGCUAAUCGGAACAGGGGAAUGGUGCUUCCAUUUGCUCCUCUUUCGCUUACCUUCGAUGAUGUCAAGUACGCCGUGGACAUGCCACAGGAAAUGAAAUCUCAAGGUGUCACAGAAGAUCGGCUUUUGCUGCUUAAAGGUGUCAGUGGAUCAUUCAGGCCAGGAGUGCUCACUGCAUUGAUGGGUGUCAGUGGUGCUGGUAAGACCACUCUAAUGGAUGUCUUGGCUGGAAGGAAAACCGGAGGAUAUAUAGAUGGCAGUGUCACCAUAUCUGGUUAUCCUAAGGUGCAAGAAACAUUUGCUAGAAUUUCUGGAUACUGUGAGCAAAAUGACAUACACUCUCCUUUUGUCACUGUCUAUGAAUCGCUCGUCUACUCUGCCUGGCUCCGUUUACCUUCUGAUGUCGAUAAGAAAACAAGGAUGAUGUUUGUUGAUGAGGUGAUGGAAUUGGUAGAGUUGACACCAUUGAGGAAUGCAUUGGUAGGAUUGCCAGGAGUAAGUGGGUUAUCAACAGAGCAGAGAAAGAGGCUGACAAUUGCUGUUGAGCUUGUUGCUAAUCCAUCUAUUAUAUUCAUGGAUGAGCCUACAUCUGGAUUGGAUGCAAGAGCUGCCGCAAUUGUUAUGAGGACAGUGAGGAACACUGUGGAUACUGGAAGAACGGUUGUUUGUACCAUUCAUCAGCCUAGCAUUGAUAUCUUUGAAGCUUUCGAUGAGUUAUUCCUGAUGAAAAGAGGAGGAGAAGAGAUUUAUGUUGGUCCAUUGGGGCACAAUUCUUGUGAGCUUAUCAAGUACUUUGAGAGUGUAAAUGGAGUCAGUAAGAUUAAGGAUGGGUACAAUCCAGCCACAUGGAUGUUGGAAGUGACUUCAUUAGGCCAAGAAGAUUUCUUGGGGGUAAACUUUGCUGAAAUAUACAAGAACUCGGACCUUUACCGGAGAAACAAAGCUUUGAUCAGUGAGCUGAGUACACCUCCUCCAGGCACUGAAGAUCUCUACUUCCCCACUAAAUACUCGCAAAAUUUUAUGGUUCAAUGCAUUGCUUGCUUUUGGAAACAAUACAAAUCAUACUGGAGAAAUCCAUCUUACACUGCCGUCAGAAUGUUCUUCACAACUAUUACUGCACUCAUGUUUGGCACCAUCUUCUGGAGACUUGGGUCGAAAACAAAAACAAGACAGGAUCUCUUCAAUGCCAUGGGAGCUCUAUAUUCUGCAGUUUUGUUCAUUGGAGUUCAAAAUUCUCAGACUGUACAACCUGCUGUGGAUGUUGAAAGAACUGUAUUUUACAGAGAGAAAGCUGCUGGGAUGUACUCCCCUCUUCCUUAUGCAUUUGCGCAGGUUGCAAUUGAAAUCCCCUACACAUUGGCCCAGACAUUGAUUUAUGGGGUUCUAACUUACAGUAUGAUAAACUUUCAUUGGACUUUCUCAAAGUUCAUGUGGUAUCUCUACAUAAUGUUCUGCACCUUCCUUUACUUCACUUACUAUGGAAUGAUGGCUGUCGCAUUGACACCAAACUCGGACAUUGCUGCGAUUGUUUCCGCUGCUUUCUAUGCCAUCUGGAAUCUCUUUGCAGGCUUUGUGAUCCCUCUCCCGAGAAUACCGAAAUGGUGGAAAUGGUACUUCUGGGCAUGCCCAAUUGCAUGGACAUUGUAUGGCUUAAUAUCCUCUCAAUUUGGGGACAUUGACACACCUAUGGACGACACUGGGAAGACAGUGAAGCAGUUCGUAAGGGAUUAUUUUGGUUACAAGCGUUCUUUUUUAGGAGGAGUUGCUGCUGCAGAGAUUGGAUUCAAUUUGCUCUUUGCCUUCGUCUUUGCAUUAGGAAUUAGGCAGCUCAACUUCCAGAAAAGAUAGUGUGAUCUCUUUUUUUUUUUUUAUCUUUUCCAGAUAAUUAUAAACCAUAUUUUGUACUUAUUCCAGAUGCUAUUACACUUCUGGAUAUUCUUCUUCUUCUUGUUUGUGUAAUAGAAGAGUAGUAGUGUUCUCUGUGUAAUGCAAUCAUAUUCAUCUACGCUCUUAUAUAAUAUUAGUGUGUCAAAUCUUGUAUGUUGACAUGUUCAACUCAAACAAUAAUAUAAUGGUUUGAAAUCUUG